ACACGCCCCAACAUCAACCGUCCGAUGAAAGAUACAACAAAAUCAUGUCCCACAUUAUGUGGGCCCCGCUAAACCAUGAAACUGGCAUGAUCCGUUUACCGUUACGACAUUAACUAUCUUUCCUCUGUUUCCCAAAGCUCGCGCCUUUGAUUGAACCCUUCUCCUUCUGCAAAUUCAAUCCAUUUUCAAUUCUCUCUAUCUCUCUGUAAUUCCGACAACCUAUGACUCAACAACCCACGACUGCGCCGAUCCCAUGGACGACGAUCGGCAUGGUCGUCGCAUGGUACGGCUCCAACAUCGGCGUUCUUCUCCUCAACAAGUACUUGCUCACAAACUACGGCUUCAAGUACCCGAUUUUCCUCACCCUCUGCCACAUGACAGCCUGUACGCUGUUCAGCUACAUCGCCAUAGCUCUGAUGAAGGUGGUUCCUCUGCAGACCGUGAAGUCCAAGGUACAGUUUGCGAAGAUCUCGGGGCUCAGUGUCGUUUUCUGCUUCUCCGUCGUUUGUGGGAACGUGUCGUUGAGGUACCUUCCUGUGUCGUUUAAUCAGGCCAUUGGCGCCACCACUCCCUUCUUUACCGCCGUUUUUGCGUUUUUUAUCAUCAAGAAGAGGGAGGCCUGGCUUACUUACACCACCCUCAUUCCUGUUGUUACAGGUGUCAUCAUUGCUAGUGGGGGUGAACCAAGCUUCCAUCUUUUUGGGUUUAUUAUGUGUGUUACAGCUACAGCUGCAAGGGCAUUCAAGUCAGUACAUCAGGAAAUUUUGCUUUCCUCUGAAGGGGAAAGGCUGAACUCCAUGAACUUGCUGCUGUACAUGGCGCCAAUCGCUGUAACGUGCUUGCUUCCUGCAACCCUGAUUAUGGAGGAAAAUGUGGUUGGGAUCACAAUAGACCUUGCUAGAAAAGACGUCAAACUUAUUUGGUACCUCUUCUUCAAUUCUUCUCUGGCAUAUUUCGUCAACUUGACCAAUUUCCUCGUCACCAAACACACCAGCGCUUUGACCCUCCAGGUGCUGGGGAAUGCCAAAGGGGCAGUUGCUGUGGUUGUCUCGAUUCUGAUGUUUAAAAAUCCGGUGUCGUUAAUGGGGAUGGUGGGCUAUGCUCUCACUGUUCUUGGAGUUAUUUUGUACAGUGAAGCCAAGAAGAGGUAUAGUUGAGAUGCUCUUCAAGCUUCUCAAAAACUAUAUGCAUGUCUUGAGCACAUUUUUGGGGCCAAAUACCCUUCGUUGUGUUUUUACUAUUAUCUGGGAACUGAAAAACGAAAAGUUCCCGAGAAAAAAGUGACCCCAUAGAAGCUCACCAGCAGAUAGCAGCCUAGCAGUAGGAAAAUUGUAUACACAACCCAUUGGUUUUCCACUCAUUUUGGAACAGAGUUUGGUUUUCUUUUGUGAGCAAAGUGCAACCAAUCAUUGUUAUGUUA